UACAUGUAAAUAUUUCAGACAAAAACGGGAUAGUCUUAUCAUAGCAACAAAAGUGCGUGCUACUAUGGGACCAGGUCCAAAUGACAUUGGUCUGAGCCGACGUCAUAUCCUACAGAUGUGCGAGGACAGUCUCCGCCGUCUACAAACAAACUACAUUGACCUUUACCAGACUCAUGGUUGGGACUCGGCUGUACCUAUAGAGGAAACCCUUAGGGCCCUCGACGACCUGGUCAAGUGUGGCAAGGUUCGCUAUGUGGGCGUCUGUAAUGUCAUAGGCUGGCAGAUGCAGAAGAUUGUUGAUAAAGCUGAGGCCAUGGGGAUCAACUCCAUCAUAGGACUACAGCAACAAUACAGUCUGUUAUGCCGUCACCCCGAAUGGGAAGAGUUCCAGGUUUGUAAGAAUGAGGGUGUCGGUGUACUGCCCUGGAGCCCACUCAAAGGAGGGUUAUUAACAGGAAAGUUCCAGCGUGGGACUAAACCUGCCAGUGAUGGAUCCAGAAUUGGCUUUGUAGCUGAGAAGGAGUCAGAUAGAACAUAUCAGAGCAGUCCAGCAUGGAGCAAGUAUGAAGAUAACGAUUUUUACUGGAACCUUAUAGACACCAUGAAUAAAGCAGCAAAGAACCAUGGUAAAAGUGUACCCCAGGUGGCGUUAAGAUGGCUCCUUCAGAAGAAUGUGGUAUCAGCAGUGAUAAUCGGCGCCACCUCGAUCAAACAGUUGGAGGACAACAUGGGAGCUAGUACAGGAUGGACUCUUACCAAGGAGGAGAUGGAGGAACUAGAUAAAGCUUCAAGUAUGGAACUUCCAUAUCCCUAUGAGAUGGUAUUCCGGAUAAAUUCCAGCAGGAAUAAUCCAUUCCUCGGAUCCUCAUUUGUGGAAAAUACAAUGGAAUGAAUUCCAGCCCAAGACAGUGGCAGGUGAAAGCUCCAGCAGCUCAUAUGUGAGAGCUACAGAAGUGAUUUAUCAGUUAUGAGAGAGAAACGAGAAUACAUUGGUCACAUCAGUAAACGAUCGGCCAGUUAAUUAACCAGUUUACUAAGAUUAAUGUGUGGUUGUAAUUUUUAUAUGAUUGGCCAAGUUUGAGCCCUUAAUAUUCCUUAUCAAGCUUUUUUAAUUGCCUACAAUCAUGCAAACGCUUUAUAUGAAAAUGAUGACUAUACAAUCACUGUUAUAUGUUUAUUUUAGUAUUACAAGAUAUAUAUACACAGGGUGAUCCUGAUACAUGUAAUUAUGUAAAUUAUUUAAGUUUAUUUCAUUUUAAUUGUGUAAAUAAUACAAUAUAAACACGAGAUUAUCAUACAAACUCUGUGUUUAUGUCUUCAGUGAGAUGAUUCACACAGGUAAGGAAGUAAUCAUACUGUGUAAAGGUACUGGGGAUUGGUCAUUUCACCAUUAUCUUUUAUUGUUUUCAAAAUCCAAUUAAAUUUGAAUUAUAGAUAAACUUGUUAACAUCUUUUAUGUUAUUGUUAUAUUUGAAAAUUAAUAAAUCGACAUAUAAUUUCUUA